GGUAGUGGAGAAUCUGGGAAAUCGACGAUUGUCAAACAAAUGAAGAUUAUCCAUCAAAGUGGAUAUACAAGAGACGAACUCUAUACGUGGCGCGCUACCGUAUACCGCAACGUAAUGGAGUCAGCACAAGUAUUGGUUUCGGCUGUAGCAAAGUUUGAAUAUGAAUACGAAAACUCAAAGAAUAAGAAGCAUGCAGAGCUCAUUGCAGAGUACGAUCUGGCUGGGCCAGAUAACACCGAACGACCGCUUGAUCCUAGCCUCGUGGAAGCUGUAGCCAGUAUAUGGAAAGACGGUGUUAUUGGGCGGUUACUAGAUCAAGAAGCAAGUCAAUUUUACUUGAUGGAUUCUGCGCCUUACUUUUUUGAUGAAGUAAAACGUAUCGGACGGCCUGAUUAUGUUCCCAAUGUUCAAGAUGUCCUACGAGCACGGUCCAAAACAACUGGUAUUACAGAAACAAGGUUUAAAAUGGGUCAGAUGAGCAUUCACAUGUUUGAUGUAGGCGGUCAACGAUCAGAACGAAAAAAAUGGAUUCAUUGUUUCGAAGCAGUAACAUCCAUCAUCUUUUGCGUCGCGUUGAGUGAAUAUGAUCAAGUAUUAUUGGAGGAGUCCCGGCAGAAUCGAAUGAUGGAAAGCUUAGUAUUAUUUGAAUCCAUCGUCAACAGUCGAUGGUUUUUACGAACUUCAAUUAUAUUGUUUUUGAACAAAAUCGAUGUGUUUCGAACAAAGCUUCCAAAGGUUUCUUUGGAACGCUAUUUUCCUGAUUAUGGAGGCGGACAAGAUCCUGCGAAAGCUGCAAAGUAUAUUCUAUGGCGAUUCACACAGACAAACCGUGCCAAGCUCAAUAUAUACCCGCAUUUGACACAAGCAACGGAUACGUCCAAUAUACGCUUGGUAUUUGCAGCAAUCAAGGAAACUAUCUUGCAGAAUGCGUUGAAAGACUCAGGCAUUCUGUAG